AUGAUGUUCCUGGUCAUAGCCACGCUCCUCUGUCUGUAUGUCUCUGACCUCACCCUACGCCCCCGCUCUCUGGUUCCCACCAAGGACUGGUGGAAUAGGGUCCAUGUGAAUCUUACUGUGAGCAUUCAUGGGAAUGACAACUCAAUUCAAAAAGCUACACCAGGUCUAACUAACAUUAUCGACGUUCCCAACACCAAAGUUAUCAAAGUUGCUAAUGCCUCUAAUGCUGUCAACAUUUCCACUGUUACCAACAUUUUCACAAAAACCCCUGAACCCCAGUGGGAGGACCCGGGGCCUUACCGCGUGGCCUACCCGCGCAGGUACCGCUUUGUCCUGGACGAGCCGGACGCCUGCCGCAAGGAGAACCCCUUCUUGGUGUUGAUCGUGCCCGUGGCCCCCCAGGAAUGGGUGGCCCGCGAUGCCAUCCGCAGGACUUGGGGCAAGGAGAGACUGGUCCUGGGUAAGACGCUGCUUCUGUUUUUCAUGCUGGGGCUGCCUAGCGGGGCAGAACCUGAGAAGCUGCAGAAGGAACUGCACAGGGAGCAGGCGGUGCAUCGCGACCUGCUGCAGGCCGACUUCCAGGACAGCUACUACAACCUGACCAUCAAGACCAUAAUGAUCCAGGAGUGGGUGGCAACCCGUUGCCCCGGUGCGCCCUACGGCAUGAAGAUCGACUCGGACAUGUUCCUCAACGUGCACAACCUGGUCAGAAUGCUGCAGGGCUUCUCCAAGCCCAUGCAUAACUACAUCACAGGCAUGUUGACCAAAAAUGGCCCAGUGAGCCGAGACCCGAGAUCCAAGUGGUACCUGCCUUUGGAGGCAUACCCUGACCCCACCUUCCCCUCUUACCCUUUGGGGAUGGCUUAUGUCUUCUCUACAGACCUCUGCAAAAAGAUUGUGGAUGUCUCCAAGCAGAUGAAACCUGUGUACAUUGAGGACGUCCACCUGGGGAUGUGCCUCAAACGCCUAGGCAUCUCUCCUAAGCACCCGCCCAGAGGCUCCCUGUUCAAAGUCUACCAGCCCAAGCCCUACAACCGCUGUCACUAUGCGAAGGCCAUCACUACCAUCCUGGACUCCCCCAAGAUGCUCAUCUCUUACUGGGAAGACUUACAAAAGCCAGACCCUCCUUGUUAA